CGCUGUUUCCUUUUCAUGUACGUCACGUUCGUGACGAGUGUUAUGAUUCGAUCAUCUCACGUGACGCACUUCAUGAAAAAUAGUGUGAAGUUGGCAGGAAGAUGGCUGAUCAGAAUUACGAAAGAGUGGACAGUCCCUCGCGGGGAUACCGCUUCCCAUUCCCUCGCAGAACUACAUUACUUCUCAUUUCUUCGUUCACCGAAGUCAACGAAACGUAGCACUAUGAUGUACGAUAUCAAGUGGAUCAUACCUAAACUUCGAACUCCAACGAAAUUAUGGAACAUAGCGAGUAGCAUAACCUUCGCCGCCGUUGGGAUAUUCUCAAAGAUCAUCAUAGAAUGGCUGAAUAAAGCAUUGGUCUACAACAAACAUAUCAUUAACCGGGCCUUAGAUGAACGACCGAAAAAUGUUCCUCUUAUUACUGUCUCGAAUCAUCACAGUUGUUUCGACGAUCCUGGUAUAUGGGCCACACUGGACCUGAGACAUUUGCUGAAUCGUCGUAGGAUGAGGUGGUCCCUCGCCGCACAUGACAUUUGUUUCACGAAUGUUUGGCAUUCCUACUUCUUUAUGCUUGGCAAGUGCAUACCUGUCAUACGAGGCAAUGGUGUUUAUCAGGAAGCUAUUGACUUCUGCAUCGAAAAGCUGACUUCUGGGGAUUGGAUCCACGUGUUUCCUGAAGGAAAAGUCAACAUGUUUAAGGAAAACAUGAGGUUGAAAUGGGGUAUUGGAAGAUUGAUAUUAGAAUCCCCUGUUACACCUCUAGUAAUUCCUAUAUGUCAUCUUGGCAUGGAUCAAGUACUUCCUAAUGAGCCACCCUAUAUGUUUAAAACGCGAAAAAAGGUUACCAUGAAUUAUGGUAAACCCAUAGAUUUUAGUGAGUUGUUGAGGAAUUUAAAAGAAACUAAAGCAACAGAAGUAGAGGCCAGAAAAGCUAUCACUGAUCGUAUUCAGGAAGAACUUUUGAGAUUAAAGACAGCAACGGAAAAGCUUCAUGAAAAAUUAUGACAUCAAAUUAAAUUUCACAGAUAAUUUUUUCCUAGCCUUAAUCGCCAGUUGUUGAUAAAAAGAUGGAAAAGUAUCGAUAAUGAUAUACAAUUUAAAUUUCACAUAUCAUUUUACGAAUAUUAACGAAAUGCAAAAUUGGAGAGAAAAAAAAACCAUUAAUUAGUAAUUGUAUAAUUUCCAUUAUUUUUCUUUUUUUUUAACUUUCUAUAUUUGUUGAUUACAAAAUUUGCAUAAUAUCUAUCAAUGUAAAUUAUAAUUUUUUUUUUUUUUUUUUUUUUCUUUUUUAAUAA